AGUUUUUUUUGCAUCUGUCUCUUUUCCACACUUUUCCACACUUUUCAACCUCCUCCUCUCUCUUUCUCGCUUUUUGCUGCUCUCUCUCUCUCUCUCUCUCCCGUCCUUCUCCUCCUCACAAAUGCGGCUGUGUGACAUUGCAAUGGCCACCCGGUUCCUCGGGCAGGUCGCAGCCAAGGCCCACAAGUCCAAGGCCCGCCAGCUGCCUCUCUCGGUCGUUCGGCAACUUUACAAGGAAUUGUACAAUGUGAUUGUGCAGCAGUGGACGGCCAUGACGGUCGUCAUCAUGCGUGGACUGCCGGCACACCUCGACGCGCAGCGGAAUGAGCUGCAGCACAGCAUGGAUAAGCUGAGUGCGUUGUACAACAAGCACCAGGCCACCCUCAGCACGACGGAGGACGCUUUCAACGCAGCCGUGUACGACACACUGCUCGACCUCACGCGCGAGAUGGCAGAAUAUCUGUCCGAGGCCUUCUUUGGGUGCGUCAGUGUCUUGUUCACACCGGCCCUCGCGGACACCAAGGCGUGCGUUGCAGACGUCAAGUGUGUGCAGCUGGCGACGGUUGUGCUGUCCGAUCCGCAGGGGGUUGUCACGGCGUUCCAGAAGGCAACACACUCGAUUGCUCGGCUCGGCGAAUCCGUCUCUCGUGUUCGCGCCGGCUAUCCGCCACUCGACUCGCCCCUGUUCAUUUUCAUGUCGGAGGCGUUCGAUCACUUGAACACUGUGAACAGUGAGCUUGCGAACGCUGUCAACGCGGCUCUUCGUGUCAUUGUCAACAUUCCUGUGCACGAAAUUGAGGCCAUGAGCGAAUCUCAGCGCCACACGCGCGCCGUCACCAUUCCCGAGGUGACCCAUCUGAUCGAUACAGUCACCCUCGUCAUCACCGUUGCGGAAGACGCGGCAGCGCACAUCCGUUCCGAGCAAGAUGUGCUAAAGGACGUCUCCCCGCUGUCGCUGUACACUGCACUUGCCAUGCAGUCUGCUCAGGCGGAAGUCCUCAAGGAACAGCUCCACCAAGAGAAGGUACAGCAGAUUCGCGACUCUGGCGCUGCGGCGCGUGUCAGCCGUCUUCGUCUGGACGACAAGGCGGUCGUUUCGCAAACCGUUGCAACGCUUGCCUCAAAUGCGGACGAGGUGGGCGUUCACCUCCACAACAUCCAACAUAACGUUGCACAGCGUGACAUUCGCAGUUUGCGCAUUGCAGCCGAUGCCGCACGCCCGUCUCUGGGCGACUACUUCAAGACGCUGUCGACUGCGCUCCAAGAGGAGGAGGCCAUUCUCAACAAGGACGUGCAGAGCAACAGCGCCAAGGCCACUGCUGCUGUGGCGGCAGUCAAGCCCAACGCAACGCCCGCAGAAGUGCGACCAGCAGCCAUCGAAGCUCGCAACUGGCUUGAACUCGCCAUCGAACGCCUUCAACCCACGCAAACCAAGCGUGCGUUUGACGGAUUCUCCUCGCCAGCUUUCCUUCAACACAUCCAGGCUGCGCGCAAGCACGCUGCUACGCUGCCCAACCAAUCCACCCCUCCAAACUCAAACCUGACGCAGCCGUCGGUUGUGGAGAAGGUCGCAAACACGAACGCCGAACUCGUUCUGGCCGUUCAGGAGAAGCUGGUCGUGAUGCGCGAGCACAGCAAGUCCGACCAGACUGCGCAGCAAGCUGUUUUCGACAAGGUCUCGGCCAUUUUGCAAGAGCCAAACAAUGGCGAGCUCGAGCUGGAGCUCUUUGACGCGCUCGAUGCCAUCGAAGAUCAUGUGGACGGCGUCAUGAGCAAGAUGCUCCCCUUGAGUGCAAGUGAGGAAACCUUGGUCGACCAUGAUGAAGACACUACCGCUGCUGCAGCCGCCGCUCCGCAGGCCGGUCUGAUGGGUGUCGUCCCCGUUUCCGUCCCGACGUCCACCAGCUCGGGCAGUCUUGCUGACUCGGCACGAGAUCUCUCCAAAUCGGCUUCGAACAAUUCGCUGACGGCGACGCCUGGAGUGACUCGAUCGUCCUUCUCCGACUCGUCUGGCCGUGAUUCCAUUCGUCGAACCGGCGACAAGGUGCUCAUUCAAGGCUCGUCCGUGCGCGAGUUUGUCAACGGAUUCCAGGAACUGUCUCAUUCUGAGAAGGCUGCGCUUGCUGCGGACAAAGCCGCCGCCGCUGCGCCGGCCGCCACUCCCCAGUUGCAAAAGUCUGAGAGCAAGAGCUCUGUGGGGGCCUCCAGCACCGUGGGCGCCAACACUGUCGAUUACAUGUCGCUCCGACGCCACGGCAGCACCCAGAGUCUCUUUGCAGAGACAGAUUUGCCACAAUUCGAAACUGGCCCUCUCGGUGAAGAUCGCGUCACCCUGGGCACGCUCAACCAACUGCUCAAGCGCCUCACCGACCCCGGCUCGAUCGACAUUCUUUUUACCAAUGCCUUCAUUGUUGCUUGCUCCAAUUUUGUGACUGCCGAGCGUUUCAUGGAGAAGAUGAUUCAGCGCUACUACAACCCCUCUAUGCUGGAUGAUACCGAUGGGUCGGAAUACGACGAAGCCACCAAAUAUCCGAUUCAAGAGCGCGUUUGCAUCAUGAUCAAAAAAUGGAUUGACGAAAACUACGAUCCUGAGGAACCUUCGAUGCUUCGCGUGCGUGGUCAAAUCUUUGAGUUCUUUGACAAAGUCUCGACGCAGCGCGGCAACCAGAACCUGCUGAAUAUGAUCAAGCGUGCCAUCGAAAAGAAGGAAAUCAAGGUUGAAAAGACAAAGGCAGAGGCUGCCAAGCCAAAGAGUCCGGUCGGCAGUCUUCAAGGCAUCAAGGCAAGCGGCUCCAAGUGGCGGAUAGCAGCCAAGCUUCUUCGCAUCGAGUCUGUGCUGCAUUCGGACGACUACGAUAUUGCAAUUCAACUAGCGCAUAUGAACGCGGAACUGUUGAAGCAAAUCAAGAUGAGUGAAUUCCGCAAGUUGGCGUGGACCAAGUCGGAUCGCAGCACCAAGUCAACCCACGUGCUCGCCAUGAUUGAGUUCUUCAAUCGCGUGUCGGUGUGGGUCGCGUACUCGAUUCUCAAGGAAAAGAAGCUCAAGCGACGUGUCACCACGAUGAGCAAGAUGGUUUCCAUUGCUUGCUUCCUGCGCGAUCUCAAUGACUUCCAAGGUGUCAUGAGUAUUCUUGCCGGCCUGUCGAUGGCCAGCAUCAAGCGUCUCAAGUGGACGUUCCGAUUGAUGCCGCGUCGAACCAUCAAGCGACUGGAAGACUUGGAGAAAGAAAUGAGCUCGGAGCGCUCUUACUCUGUGUAUCGCGCGGCUCUUGUUGGUGCUCAGGGUGCGCGUAUUCCGUUCCUUGGCGUGACCUUGUCGGAUCUGACCUUCAUCGAGGAAGGCAACGCCGAUUACAUUGACAAGAACAUUAAUUUCGCCAAGCAGAUGAUGUUCUACGAUGUUGUGACCUCCAUUCAGUCGUACCAGCGCCACGCGUCGUACACGGUUGAAGAAGCCCGUUUCCCCGUUGCUGAGAGCAUCGACCUGGCCAACACUGAGAUGAACGAGAGUGGUUUGUACGAAUACUCGCUGCUGAUUGAGCCAAGGAAUGCCAAGCGCAAGGAAAUCGUCUGAGCUUUUGCAAGAUUUGUUUCGUUCGUUCGUUCGCUCGUUCGGGCCAUCUCCGUGCUGGGUUUUUCUUGUGUGGCUGUACUCUGAGUUUUGUUGUAUUUGUGUUCGCUUUUCUGCACAUCCAUUUUGUUAUUAUUGAUUGGGUAUUCACCGUCCUUGUCGGCAUGCGCGUGGCUUCGCUGUGGCACGUGCAGCAUCUGCGUGGCGCGCGUCGCCUGUAGACCCAUUACUCUUUGGUUUAUGUGUUUGUUUUGCACUGGUUUUUUUUUUUUCUGCUUUAGUUUUCGGCUGCGUUUGUUUGUUUUUGUUGUUGCGUUGUUCGUUUUGGCUUCAAGUGCUAUCGGAUCCCAAAUAUAGAGUCAAAAUGUGAUUGAUACAAUCA